AUGGGCUACCCCGAGAACGAGCUCGGCCCCCAACCUCCAGGUGCCGACCAUGUCGUUGCUGCGGUUCCUGCCUCGGCACCUGUUGUUGACGAGAAGACGCUGUCGGCCAUCGCCGACGCACCCACACCACCACCAAAGAUGCCAUGGGGUCUCAAGUGGCGAUCGGCACCGUGGUUCCUCACUGCAGUGGUGUGCGUCGGCAUCAUGAGCGACCUGCUCGCCUACACCAUCAUCGUGCCCGUGCUCCCCUAUCGCCUCCAGGCGAUGCAUUACACGAGCGUGGCAUCGCUCAUGUCGUGGUUACUGUUUGCGUACUCGGCCGGCGUGUUCAUCGGCACGUUCCCGGUCGCCUACUACUUCCACAAGUACCCCUACCGCCGUGGCCCGCUCAUCGGCGCUGUGCUCAUUCUCCAACUGUCGUUUGUGCUGUUCAUGACCGCCAACCCGUUCUGGUGCAUGGUCAUUUCUCGCUUCCUCCAGGGCGUGGCCUCGUGUGUUGUCUGGACAGUCGGCUUUGCCCUCCUGUGCGAGAACAUUGAUCCCAACCAGAUUGGCAAAUACCUCGGCUUUGCAUUCUCGGGCCUGAGUAUCGGCACGACCAUUGCCCCGCCCAUCGGCGGCGCGCUGUAUCGCCACAUGGGCUGGCACGCGCCGUUCAUCUUCGUCAUCAUCGUCUGUGCCGUCGACACGGUCGCCCGUGUCCUCAUCAUCGAGAAGCGUGACAUUGAGAAAUGGAACAAGAAGCACGGCACCAACAUCAUGACCGUCGCGGCAGCCAUGGCCGCCAAGGCCGCCGCUGCGCGUAGGACUGCCAGCGGCACAGAUGUCGCGGAUGCUGCGGCUGUCCCAGAGCAGACCGGGGCCGAGGGCGAGGUCCCGCGCGUCGAGUCGGGUGCUCUGACGACUGGGUCGCGCACACUUGUGGGCAUGGACCAGUGUGCCGAUGCUAACGACGGCAAGGUGUCCGAGUCUGCCGACGACAAGCGCCUCGUUCCCGGUGAACGCGCCGCGCGUGCCUCGGACUGUGGCGACGCUGUCGUCGUCGAAACGUCGUCGUCGGCUGUCGACGCUCCCGCCGAGGAAACAGAACUGUCACCGUGGGGCGUACUCGUUGCCCUCGCCACCAUUCCGCGCGGCACCGUCGCUUUCCUCAUGUGCUUCGUGUUUGGCUUCUCCCUCGGCGCUCUGGACGCGACGCUCACGAUCCGUGUCGAGACCAUCUGGAACAAGGACUCGGACUAUGUGGGCUUGAUCUACCUCGCUGCGUCGGCGCCGUGCUUCUUUGUUGGACCCAUCGCCGGCCACCUCGCCGACAAGUACGGCCCCGAAAUGGUCGUCGUCCCCACCAUCCUGUUCUGCCUGCCGUGGAUCCCCCUCCUCAUCCUCAAGACGUCGCUGCCGGGCUUUAUCGUCUAUUUCGCAUUUUCGCAAAUGGCAGGGACCAUGCUCAACGCCGUCGCGUCGCUGGAAAUGGCCAAAGUGUCGCACUUCAAGCCGGGCAUCUCGGAGAUCCACCAGUUUGCGUCCAUGAACAUUUCCUUUUCAGUGUCGUCGGCCGUGGGCGCCAUUGUCGGCGGCCAGAUCUACAACUCGGUCGACAACGGUUGGGCCGUCGUCUGCUGGAUCUGCUUUGCGGUCCUGUUCGUCGCCCUCGUCCCCGGCGCGCUGUGGAGCGGUGCCAACCCCGUGUUCUGGCGGCUGGCGCGCAAGCCUCCUCCCUUGUCUGGCCUCGAGCCCGCCGACCGUCCUGCCGAGAUUGAGAAGCGCGCAGCGGCCAAGGCGGAGAGGCAGGCCGUUGUGUCGAGUGCGUAG